AUGCGAGCAAGACGCACGCUGGUGGCUGUGGUUGUGGCUGUGGCGGUGAUCGCCAUGGCAGUGACGAGCGUGCAGGCGAGGGUCUUGGUGGGACAGGGACCAAAGGCGCCGAAGACCGAUUUGGCGUUUCACAAUGAACAGGCGCCAGGCGCCUCCGCCGCCACCACAACCACAACCAAUACCACCACAUCCACCAGCACCACUGUGGCGACGACUGUCAUGCAGCCACAACACCGCAUGGUCGUUUCAACAACCGCAACCACAACAGCAGCAACCACCACAACCACAACUGCUGCUGCCAACAAGAAGACAGCCGCAACCACAGGUGCAGCAACCACCACCACAACAACCGCAACCACCACCACCACCACAACAACAACCACAGCAGCAGACGUCAACAAGACAACAACGACGACGGAGCAGAGGUUCAACAUCUUUGGUGAUUUCCGUCCCAAUCCACCAACAACUACCACGCGAGCGCGGGCAACGACCACCGGGACAGCGUCCGAUCGCGUUGCAGACAAAACGCCAACGACAACAACAGAUGGGCUUCGGCCAUUCGUUGGUGGCACCACCACAACGGGCGUGCGGCCACCACCGCCCGAUGCACUGACAACGAUUACCACGGCAAAACCAGCGGCGCCGCCACCACACACAACAACAACAACAACAACAACGACGACGACGACAACAACAACAGACCGACAUCCACAGGCAACAAUCACGCGCAUUUCCUCCAGCACGAGCGCCAACAACGAAGGUCUGACCGUUGCUCCAACCCCGCCAACCACGGUCCCUGACGACAGGCCUCCGCGGGAUCCGGGGCUGUUGGGAUCGGAGUGGGUUGCCAUUGGCAGUGUUGUGGGCAUUGUGGGCCUCAUUGUGGGCAUCUUCCUCAUGCUUCGCACCCGCGGGAGCAGGCGCCAGGACCGCUACCACCUGCCGCAGAUUGAGCUGCACCACCUCCAUCAGGGUGGCAGUCGUCAUGCACAUGGCCACAGACACAGUGCUGGCAGCGGGGGUGCAGGCCGCGGCAACAAGUUUGCACCCUACAUCGAUGGGGACGCAUCUGUGAUUGCGGACACGGCGGUCGUGGCGCCCGUGCCCGUGACGAUCCAGCCGGAGCAUGGCGAUAUGCGCACACGCCCACACGCGCACGCCCACACGCCGCAGUUUGUUGAUGCAGACGGGCGCCCGGUCGCGAAGCGAACGAAGAAGGGCAGUGGCGAUGGUCGCAGUUGUGUUGGUGGCAAUGGUGAAGAUGGGUUGGCGGUGCAGGGCGAGUUGUUGCAGCAGCAGCACGAGCACAUGAUGUCCAUCUUCACCGACAUGCUGCCGACGUUUGGCGAUGGCGGGAGCGGAAGCAUGCUGCACGAUCACCAGCGCCAGCAGCCGCAUCAGCACAGACACAUGCACAGGCAGCACCAGCUGUUGCACUCGUGCGAGUCUGAGGUGCAGCUGCUGCCGCCCUCACCGUCGGCAUCCCCGCUUGACGAAGCGAUGCCAUUGUGGCCGGUCGUAUCGGCCUCAUCCACAUCCACUAUGACAACCACCACCACGACUGCCUCCAUGGCAACCAGCACCAGUCACACCACCGCCACCACCGCCAGCACCAAUCACACCACCGCCAGCACCAGUCACACCACCGCCAGCACCGGUACAGCUACGGCGGGAGUGACAGGGGCGGCGCCUGCGCUGUGCGAUUCACUGCUGUCGCUUGGGUGCGUGGACGAUGCGUGGGACGUGGGGAAGGAGGAUGGCGCGGGGAGUGGUGGUGAUGGGCAGGGUGUUGAUGGAGGUGAUGACAGGGUAAUGGAGGGUGGCUGCGCGAAGCGUGCCAGCAGCACAGGUAGUGGGAGCCAUGCAAGCAGCGGCAGCAGCCCAGGCAGUGGGGUGUCCGUGAGCGGUGGCAGUGGUGUUGAGGGAGGUGCACGGGAUGCAGGGCGAGAGGCGUACUUGGAGAUGGCGCUGGCGCUGCUGGCAAAGGUCAACGCGUACAACAGCAGCCGAUACGGCGACACGCCCAGCGACAGCGACAGCGACGCAAAGGAGGCGAGCGACGACGCGCACAGCCACAGCACGGGCACCAACGACAGCAGCACGAGCCCUGUGCUGGAGGAGGCAAGCGAUGGUGUGCACGAGGGCGUGCAUGAUGUGAGUGGAGUGGCGACGGACCCGCGGGUGCUGGAGGUUGACGCUGCGCUGCUGCUGUCGUGCGCGUGUGUUCUCGAUCGCAUGGACGGCCUGUGCGCAGCAGCGAAGCUGCACCCCGUGCUGGACGUGACGAGCAACGACGGUGAUGGUGAUGGUGAUGGUGAUGUUGAUGGUGAUGGUGAUGAUGGUGAUGGUGUUGGUGCGGCUGCUGAGGAGGAGGAGGGGAUGAGAAGUGUUGACGGGAAUCGUGCUGGUCGUGCACAGCAGCGUGAUAAGCAAGAACAGACGACAACGACAGCACCAGCGGCAAUGCUGGCGAGAACAAGGGCGAAAAUGGCCAAGACGGGCCUGCUGCGGGUAAAUGUACUGCAGCUGUUGGCCAAGGGUCGGUUAUCGCACAGCGUGGGCAAGGCGCUGCUGCACUUUCUCAAGACCAGCGACAUCAUAGCCACCCCCGCAUAUGUGGACGAGUGUGACACGAGCGGACACACGCCGCUCAUGAAUGCGUGCAUGCUUGGGCACGAAGACGUGGCGGCCGUUCUCGUGCAGCGGCUGGGCGCCAACGUCAUGAUGCAAGACGGAUACGAGCGCACGUGCCUGCACCAGGCGGUCAUCUACCAGCAGCACGCCAUUGUGUCGAUGCUGCUGCUGCUGCGGUGGCAGCAGUCUGCGCGGGGCAUGUACGCGUCGCUGAUCCACACACGCGACCGCAACGGGUGGCCGCCGCUGAUAUGGGCGGUGGUGCUGGAGGAUGCGCGCAGCGUCACGGACCUGGUUGGCGCGGCGCACCACGACGCAGGCACGGGCACCUCGCGCAUGCCGGUGGUGGACAAGGAUGCGCUGACGACGCGCGCAGGCAGCACGUGCCUGCACGUGGCGGCGGAGCGCGGGCUGGUGGAGAUGGCGCGAACCAUCUGCGAUGCGUGCACGCGCACGUCGCUCAUGAUGCUGCUGCACCUGAAAGACAGCCAGCGGCAGGACGUGUUUGCGGUUAACGCGUGCAAGCUGCACGAUGCGCAGCAGCAUGGCGCCCACGCCGACGCGCACCACACCAGCACCCACGCGCACAUUGGCCGCAUCCUCAUGCAGGCCAAGCAGCGCGUCUUUACUGCGACGUGA